AUUCCUUGUCGAUCCCAACAGGCCUGGGUAGUCCAGUCGCCGGACUCGUAUACGGAAUAAGUCUAGCCUCGAAAAUCAAUUUGAGAGUAAAAGAUGGAGCAACUCAUAGCGCGUCGGCGCCGGUAUCAGCGCAAGGCUGAUGAAGGGAACAUCUGCCAAAUGCUGCCCAAUUUGAAGUACAAGGGCUUUCGUGGCGUGGGACGUCGCAUCAAAAAUCAGGUGCUCCGCGUCCUGCCGUCCGCUGCUCUGGCCAAGAACUCUCUGCGUUUCUUGAAGCGCUGCACCAAGCCCAGUCGCCAGGAGUUCCAACGCACCAGUCUGGCCAUCGGUGUGGGAUUCCUCAUCAUGGGCUCGAUUGGAUUCGCGGUCAAGCUGAUUCACAUACCCAUCACCAGCAUUCUCAUGUCCUAAGAGCCAGGAAACUUGAGCGGAAAUAAAGUUUCAAUUCAACUGCCUAGA